UGCGACAUCCUGCCGACGAAGAAAACGGUUGUAUUGAAAACCGAGACAAGGAGCGGAGCAGAGGGUUGAAAGUCGCCGGCAAGCAGGCUAAGCUCCCACGGCAAAACCCUCCCAGACAAGAAGAAGAAAUUGGAGACAACAUUUUGAGUCCAGUUUCUGAGCAAGUAGAUUUUACUGUUAGCCGGGCCACCGCAGACAAGUAGCGCAGAUGGACACCAGAUCCAACACUGAAGAUAAAUCUGUCCAGCGAUCAAAGUCUUUCAGCUUUAAGACCCAAAAGGAAGUGUGUGCAACAUGUGAGAAGACAGUCUACCCAAUGGAGAGAUUGGUUGCCAACAACCUGGUUUUCCAUUCAGCAUGUUUCUGCUGCAAGCACUGCAAAGCCAAGCUGAGCCUCGGCUCCUUCGCAGCUCUUCAGGGCGAGUUUUACUGCAAGCCCCACUUCCAGCAGCUUUUCAAAAGCAAAGGCAACUACGACGAGGGUUUUGGACGCAAGCAGCACAAAGAGCUCUGGGCUUCCAAGGAGUCAGAUAACAUCACAAAGUCACCAUGAUCACACCUGCCUUUUUGUUUUCUUUUUUUUUUUUUUGUCCUUUUGAACACCUCCAGCAUGUUUUGCGAUGAACACAUGCCUCGUUAUGCUGGGGCGCAGUUAAUUUGACCACGCGCUUUUUAAAAAACACCAUUUGAACAGAAACAUGCACAAACUGCUUAGAAAUGACCCAUACCAUUAAAAUGUCUGGAGAUCUUAAUCGACUAUUAUUUUAGAUCUUUCUUUUCCUCUUUCCUGUAGAAGAUUGUGACCAAACUUGUUCCCUGCAUUAAAAUAAACACAAAAUCUUAGUAUUUUUGGUCUAGUUUGUAAUGCAAAUAUCUUAGUUCACAUGAAAUAACGACAAUUAACUUAGAAGUAACUUUUCAGCAAGAAAUAAGAGCCAAUAAUUCCUUACUAUUUAUGAAAAGGUACCAGUUCUAUUGGCAGAUUAUUUCACUUACAAAAUGGGGAUAAUUUCUUGUUAUUAGUGAAAUAAACUGCCAGUGGAACUCAAACUGGGUUGCUAGGUAACAGGCCUGGGCUUGGCUGGGGUUGCUAGGUAACGGGGCCAGUGGAACAUGUACUUUUUGAUCAAUAUUAAGGAAUUAUUGACAUAAAACAAGCUCUUAUUUCUUAAGUUGUCAAGUUAAUUUUGUCUUAUUUCAAGUUUUCUAAGAUAUUUGCGCUAGAAACUCGUCCAAAAUUGCUUGGUAAGCUUUUGUGUUUUUGCAGUGUAAAAUGGGGAGCUCAUCAAAAACGUUUCUUUUUCUUCUCAAAAUAAAAAGAAAUGAUGAUAACAACAAUAAUAAUAAUAAGUUGCACCAUUUUUUUGAGUUUUCUAUCACAUCCUCAGGCAUUUCAGAAGUUUCAGAGCAACAGUGUUUCAAACAGAGCAUGCACUCAGGUCAGUUUUUACCCAAUAAUUAAGAUCAAUGCAUAGAUUCAAACCAUCCCUCGCUGUGGUACGCUGUUACAGGUUUAUUCAGGAACAAACAGGGUACAGAGUACUGUAUAACAACCGCACACAUUAGCAACAGCUCACCUCAUGUUUUACUUUUUAUUAAUAAUAUUCAAUUCAUCCUCUUCCUGUUUUUGAAUUCCCAGUCUUAUCCUUGCAUGUUAGUACGACUGGGUCUUAAUAGCCUUACCUUUUCAACUGUAAUUAUGUAUUGUGUUGUGAAUGGUUUUGUUUCAUCAGUGCAUACACUGCAAAAACAAAAUCUUACCAAAUAAUUUUGGUCGAGUUACUAGUGUUUGAAAUAAGACAGAACUAACUUACAAACAGCUUUUCAGCAGCACAUAGGAGCUUGUUUUAAGUUAAUAAUUCUUUAACAUUGAUGAAAAAGUGCCAGUUUUCACUAGCAACCAGCUAAUUGGCAGAUUAUUUAUUUUACAAUAUAAGGAAAAUGUUUUGUUUUAAUUUAAAUAAUCUGCCAGUAGAACUAGUGCUUUCUAAAUUAAUAUUAAGGAAUUACUGACUUAAAAUAAGCUCCCAUAUCUUGCUGAAAAGUUACUUGUAACUAUAAGUUUUGUCUUAUUUCCAGUUUACUAAGAUAUUUGCGCUAGAAACUCUCUCAAAAUUACUCGGUAAGCUUUUGUGUUUUUGCAGUGCAGCAGCCUGUUUCUGUACUUUUAUUAUCGGAAUAUCAAAUAAUUUCUGAAACCUGUGUUUUGUAUGCUAUCUGUACAUAGAGCCGUGGUUUGUGAUUGUUGACCGUUUCCCUCCUCCUCCAUCUUGCUGUACUCUCACUUUGCACAAGCAAACCCGAUUACCAAACAUGAUGUUGAAAAACACGACGGAAACUGAGGCCUUGUCUGCUUAUAUGUGAAAACAGACAAGAAAAUGUUGCUCCUCUGUUGUUUGAGGCAUGUUAGUCAUUGAUAAGUCUUGUGAAGAUUGUGAUUGUUAAUCCGAAAUUCUUAAAGAAUUAGUCUACUCGAUGUUUUUGAUUCAUAAAGAUGUGGAUGAAACCUUUUUGGGUAAGAGAUGAAGCAUCUUUGAGAAAUUGUGUGGCAUUCAUACCACUAGACAGUCAUCAUUUCCAUCCCCCCAAAAAGGUGGAUAAUAUUCACUUUUGUAUUAUUGCCUUUCUCUUCAUACUUUCUGUUGCAUACCAAGCAGUUACACAAGUGGACCUAUACUCAAAAUGCUCGUUUUGCAGUUCUCAUUCUUGCAAACCCCUCUGCAGAGCUCCCUCUGCUGGAGAAUGCUUGUCAGUGAAAGAGGGCCCUGUUUUAAAUAAUUUGCCUAAGAACCUAACAGCCUUUUUCAAUAUGUUGCCUCAGACUGCAGUGCUUUUUAAUCAAAACUCCCAAGAGAAUCCAGUUAAUCGACGUCUCCAUGUUUAUGUUCCGCCAAUUAAAUAUCUAAUUUCCUAAAAUGUGUGAAUAUUGCUGACACUUGAAUGACACAAAGUAUGUUUUGUGACUGAAAGUUUACUGUGAAACUGAGCAUUCUGUGCAGAAAGGAGAAAGAGAGCCACGUCUUAGAAAUAAGUAGUUGACCUGAUUGUGUUUUAACAAGAUUCCCAUAAGAAGUUCAUGUUUCUGGUUUUUUGGGGGGUGGUUUUUUAGUUGUUUUUUUGAUUAGAGCAUGUGUCAAACUCGAGGCCCAA